CAAGGGACCAAAGGAAAGAGGCAGUUGAGAGAGUAAGGGAACAAGACAAAGAGAGAGGGGGCUGUCCUUAUUUGCUCUUCAGUGUGGGGGUGUAGGGCGCUCUGGGAGGAGGCAGAAAACAGAGAGAGAGAGAGAGACAAAGUUAGAGGAACAGAGAGAAUAAGUGAGAGACAUAGGCACUAAGGCAGUCAGACGAAGAGAGGGGUUGGCAGUCAAGGGAAGCUCAACUCAUCUCCAAUUCCCUGCUACAGUGAGUGACCAUGUGGCUGGGGUGGAAUAUUGUCUGGCUCGGGGCCCUUCUCAUUGGCCUAAAUGGGACCGUAGCCUGGGCAUCUGACAUCCAGCACCACCGCUAUGAGGAGUUAGUGCGGGCCCUGUUCGUAGUGCAGAGUGAGUGCCCAUACAUCACACGGAUCUACAGCAUUGGGCGCAGUGUGGAGGGACGCCACCUCUAUGUACUGGAGUUCAGUGAUAACCCAGGCAUCCACGAAGCAAUGGAGCCCGAGUUCAAGUAUGUGGGGAACAUGCACGGGAACGAGGUGCUGGGUCGGGAGCUGCUGAUCCAGCUCUCCCAGUUCCUGUGUGAGGAAUACCGGGCCGGAAACCAGAGGAUCACACGCCUCAUCCAUGACACGCGCAUCCACAUCCUGCCUACCAUGAACCCAGAUGGUUAUGAAGUGGCUGCCAACCAGGGUCCUGAGUUCAAUGGCUACCUAGUUGGGCGAGGCAACUCCAGGGAGGUGGACCUGAACCGGAAUUUUCCAGACCUGAACGCUCUCAUGUACUACUACGAGAAGACUAAUGAUCGGAACCAUCACCUGCCCCUGCCUGAUAACUGGGAGCAUCAGGUUGAACUGGAGACACUGGCAGUGAUAAAGUGGAUGCAGAACUAUAACUUUGUUCUGUCUGCUAACCUGCAUGGUGGGGCAGUGGUGGCCAACUACCCCUUUGACAAGUCAAGAGACCCCCGCAUCAGAGGCAAGACCACAUACGCCGCAACCCCAGAUGACAAGAUAUUCAAAAAGUUGGCCAGGACGUAUUCGUAUGCCCACAGUUGGAUGCAUAAGGGGUGGAACUGUGGAGAUUUUUUUGAUGAAGGGAUCACCAAUGGAGCCAGCUGGUACUCUCUGUCCAAAGGAAUGCAGGACUUUAACUACCUAUACACCAACUGCUUUGAGAUCACUCUGGAACUCAGCUGUGACAAGUUCCCCCCGGCAUCAGCCCUGUCAAGAGAAUGGCUGGGCAACAGAGAGGCCCUGAUCUCUUUCCUGGAGCAGGUGCAUCAUGGGAUCAAAGGAAUGGUGUAUGAUAACAACAACAACCCAAUCGGCAACGCAGAGAUUUCAGUAGCUGGUAUCAACCACGAUGUGACCACUGGUGUGGAUGGAGACUACUUCAGAUUGCUGUUACCAGGCACCUACACUGUGACAGCAUCAGCAUCAGGAUACUUGCCCUCUACCAUUACGGUGACAGUGGGACCUGCUGAGGCUAUACAGUUGCACUUUUACCUGAAAGUGGCACCAAAAGACACAAAUCUGACACAGUCCCACCACAGCAAGAAAAACCUCUUCUCAGCUAAGGUCCCCCUAAACCUGGGCCCAAGAUGAGACAUGGGUGUGAGAUAAACAAAGAACACACCCACAUGUCCACGCAGAGGGAACGAUUGACAAUGUGUAAUAAAUGUCACUUAAAGAUACACCUAUUUUGUAAGCCUGAUUUACUCCUGAUUUGUACUGUAUGAGCUCUAUAAUUUUGUGAUUUUUAAGGACAGUUUUCGUGUUCACAUUUUGAGUAAAAAAAAAACAUUGAUUUCCAGUAAUUUCAUGAAAUGAAUCAACAAUAAAAGGUGGUGAAUGCUUUACUUUAUGUAUUAGUCAUUGAAGUCUUAUACAUUUUAGAGGCAAUAAUAUGAUGUGCAAAAAUAUCUAUAUAGCAGCAUAGCACAUCAUUUCAAUACUAUAAAGAUAAACAAUUAUUUAAAGAUAAAAAUAAAGAUGAAUUGUUGAAAUAAUUGGUUUUAUGAAAUAUGAUAUCUUAUAAUGUGAUACUAGCUUUAGUUAAUUAAAGGAAUACUACACUCAA